GUACUUCUUCGUUCAGUAAAAAAAUGGGUUGUUCGACAGGGGUCUUCUGUUGUAAAUGUCGUUACAUAAUCGCUACAAUGGGAUUUAUCAACCUAAUUCUGAUUUACAUGAUGAGAGUUGACUUAAAUGUUACAAUACUUGCCAUGGUUAAUGAUACGGUAGACAAGACCUCUACAAACCAUUCGUCAUUUUUUUGUUCUAACUUUUCUAAUUACACGUAUCUGAAAAGAACUGAGAUCAGCACAGGAGAGUUCAAUUGGAAUAGGCUGACACAAGGUUUGAUAUUAGGAGCAUUUUUCUGGGGCUAUAUUUUAACUCAAAUCCCAGGUGGAAUACUAGCGUUUCGUUUUGGUCCUAAAUGGGUUAUUUUUUCUAGUUUAUUUGGAUGUGCUAUCACGGAAUUUUGUGUACCAACCGCAGCACGUAUUCGUGCUGAAUUAUUAAUCAUUUUACGUGUGAUACAAGGUCUUCUUCAGGGUGUAGUGAUGCCAAAUACAGGAUGUUUAGUUGGAAAUUGGUCACCACCAAGUGAAAAAAGUCGAUUUACCACAUUCGUUUUCUCAGGUUUAGUAUUUGGUGCUGUUAUUGGUCAAUCAUUAGCUGGUGUAAUUUCACAACCAAGAUUAGUUCAUUCGACAAAUUUAACAACUCCAACUUAUAUUUCCUAUUGGCCUUAUGUUCAUUAUAUUUAUGGGGUAACCGCUGUACUGUUCUCUGGAAUUUGGGCUAUUUUAGUAUUUAAUAAUCCUAAUCAACAUCCAUGGAUUAGUUCAACUGAGAAACAAUAUAUUUUAUCAGCAUCAAUAAAUAAUUAUUCUGAAAAUGAUAACAAGUUAAAAAAAAUGACAAGUGAUAUCGUGAAUUCAACAGAUUCAAGAAGUUUAGAUAAUAUUUCAGUUGAAACGAGAGUUUUACAUAAAAAUCCAGUUCCAUGGCGUCAAAUAUUUAAGUCAGCUCCGGUUUGGUCAAUUAUAAUUUGUCAUGUUUGCUUCAAUUGGUCUUUCUAUUCGUUAAUUACAUCUAUGCCUACUUAUAUGUGUCGUGUCCUAGGAUUCAGUAUGACCGAAAAUGGUCUCUUAUCAUCUAUUCCGUAUAUUGCACAAUCGAUUGUCGGUUUAUUUGCCGCCUAUCUGUCAGAUUUCGUAAUCGCUAAACAAUUUUUAUCUACCACUUCGGUACGUAAAUUAAAUAAUGUUAUAGCCUUGGGUGGCCUUGGUUUAAGUCUAAUAUGUGUCAGUUUAGUUGGAUGUAAUCGGAUGGCCGCUAUUGUUUUAUUCUCUGUUGCAAUUGGUUUAAUGGGAUUUUCUUUGGCUGGUUAUGGAUCGAAUGCUUUGGAUUUAGCCCCAAUUUACAAUGGGAAUAUAAUUUCAGUAACCAAUACUGCUGCUACUCUGCCAGGUAUAUUUGGACCACUAUUAAUCGGUUAUAUAACAAGAAAUAGUUCAAGCAUUCAAAAUUGGAUGAUUGUUUUCGGUAUAGCUGCAGGAAUAGCAUGGUUUGGUGCAUUCAUGAAUUUAUGGUUGACAAGCGGUGAAAUUCAACCAUGGGGUCGAUUAACUUACAUGAAAAAUACUAAUAAUACUAAUAAUAAUGAUAAUUCAGUGACCACUGGUAAUGGUGCGCCAAAAUUUCAAAAUACUGUUGCCAACGGAAAUGAAAAUCAAUAAUAUCGACUAAUUCCAUACUAAAUAUUAUCCAUUAAACAUUCUCAACCACAUCGUUUCACUUCAAAUUAUAUUCAGUCCUAAUUCUAUUUUGAAUUAUUGAUGUAAAAGAAUGAUUCUUUAAAGAAGAAGAUAUUGAUGAUGAAGAAGAAGAAGAAGAGCAAAUAGGAUCACAAUUAGUCUUCCUGUUUUCCUUUUCUUUUCAAAAAUAUUCUCAAUUUUGUGGAAAAUUUAAUUAUUUGCAAUUUUGAAAGUUUUUUUUUAACAAAUUUUCUUUUCUGUAAUUCUUUUUUUUCUUUCCCUCUUUCCUUCUUUCGUUAGAUUCUAAUGUUUUAUUUACAUGUAUAUAAACCACGUUAUAAAACGAUGUUACUUAAUGAUUCUUCUUCUUAUUAUUAUUCACUUAGUGAUUAUUCAAAUAAUGAAAGAUUCUUGUUUAAUACAUCAAUUAUAACAAAUGAUGACAUGCUUGUUUGUGUCCCUAUUUAUCUGAUUGUUUUCUUUCUUUUUUUUUUUAAAUCAUGACUCAUUUCAAUUCAUUGAAGAAAAAUAAAAUGAUAAUAGACACCUGUUUACAUUAGAAUACUUAUUGUUUAGAAACAGUUAUGUAUCUGUAUAUUGGGUAAUUAUUUUUGAUAUUAUUAAGUUGAUUUAUUCUUUUUCAGCUGAUCACAGUUUUGUUCUUUUUUUAUAUUUGGUUUUUUUAUUCAUUUCAGUAGUAUGUUAAAAAUCUUGAACUUCUCUGGUUUCCAUUCAUUUUUAUUGAUAUACAUGUGAUUAUCUACCAUGAAUUGGCUAUUUUGGAUUAGAAAGAAAUAUCGUUCACUUCGUUUUUUUUGUUAAAUCUUUUGAGCUACUUUUAUAAGUUGGUAGUAGUCUCAGAAUUUAUCAGCUUAAUUAUCUGUUUCUAGUGUAGAUUACCACCUAGAUGAUCUAUGUCGAAUGAUUAGAGACCUAAUCGAGUUAGACGGGGAUGAUGUAAUGAACCAGAUAACUUCAAAGUUACACUUCGCAGUCAGCAUCUAACGUGGAUUACAUCUUCGACAUAUAAAAGUACUAUGUCUAUUUUGAAGACCGUAUAACACAAAGGACGUGAUUAUGGAAGUAUAUUAGUGAGAAUGAGUAAAGAGAAGAUAGCGAGACCACUACCGCAUGCGCCAAUCCAUGAUAUUCGAUUAACUGAUGCUCACUGGUUGUCCUUGAUCUUGACGAGGAUCGAUGAUCUGUUCGAUAUUCAGUGACCCAACUGCCGAAUGA